UUAGGUUUACAGUAUACUGACAGACGGAUAAGGAAAGAGGGGACUAUGAAAAAGUGCGACACUUCCAUUCUUCCACAUGGUUCUCUUACUGCUCAGGCGAGCUGCGCAGACAGCGAUAUUAUACAUCUCAUAGGAAAGUUACAGAGUUGUUUUCAACAGCGAAGUGUUCUAGGUAUCACAGGGCGAGUUUUCAGUCGCACUGGCAGUUGAACGUUUGAGUGCAGAACGUUGAAGAUUUGAACUUGUUAUUUCGUGCGUCUUUUGGAAGAUAUACGCGCACUGGAGACUAAGUACACAGUGUCAACAAAACGGACUGAUCAGACAGAGCACUGAAAAGAAAGAGAGAGGAGACUUGCAAUAACUUUUACACGUUCUGUCUGUGUGGUUACAUAAACAUAUGUUUCUUGAGUGACUGAAACAAAACUCUGAUGAUAUAACAUUGGCAACUUUUACGCACUUCACACCAUAACGACAGAAUUCUGAAUAGCAUUAGGUGUCCUGUCUAACCGAGAGAAAGAGAAAGAAACGAUGGUACAACACAUCAGCCACGCAGAGAGCACGGAUCCCUUCUCUCCCGGCGGGGACUCCACCGAUACCGGGGAUAUGGACUUGGACAUGGACGCGUCCCCGACUCCCGGGUCUCCGCUAUCCUCCACUGGAGGGGACAGAGGUAACGUUGCCUGGUGUAAAACCCCCACGGGACACAUCAAGAGACCGAUGAACGCGUUUAUGGUUUGGUCUCAGAUCGAGAGGAGAAAGAUCAUGGAGCAGAGCCCGGACAUGCACAACGCCGAGAUCUCCAAGAGGCUGGGCAAACGCUGGAAACUGCUCAAAGACAUGGACAAGAUCCCCUUCAUCCGGGAAGCAGAGCGGCUGAGGCUCAAGCACAUGGCCGACUACCCCGACUACAAGUACCGGCCACGGAAGAAGGUUAAGACGCCCAGUACCAAGACAGAGCGGGGAGAGAGAGGACAGAAAGGCGUGGAUAGGAGCGGGGGUUCUAAGUCCUCCUUGAAAAGAAGCUCUGGGUCUAUGGGGGCCAGCAGAGCGCACAAGCCGGGACAGGGGAGCGCCAAGCUGGCUACCCAGGGGCCGGAGUGUGGGUCUCCCGCGGAUCACCACACGCUCUACAAAUCCAGGUCAGUGACUGGCGCCCGACAGAUACCAGACAAGCAAACGAGGCGCGACCACAUGUUUGGCGGGGGAGGGAGCUUGGACAGUGGGCCACCCUCUGUGGGAGUCCCGGGCAGUCCCGCCCUGAGCAGCUCGGCUGAGUCCAGUGACCCAAUGAGCCUGUACGAUGACCAGGUGACGGGGACGAGCAAAGUGCGCUCCACUAACCCUUCAUCAUCGUCGUCGUCAAAGGCCCGCCUCAGGUACACACGUGCGUCCUCUCCAACCCCGUCCACCUCUCACUCCUCUUCCUCCUCCCUCUCUUCUUCCUCAGAUGAGGAGCCGGAGGAUGAGCGGUUCGAGCUACAGCCGAGCCCCGGGUUUGAGAGCAUGUCUCUGGGCAGCAUGGGGCAGUGUGUGUCGGAGCUGGACAGGGAUCUGGACUGGAGCUUCGGGGAGUGCGGUGCGGGAUCUCACUUCGACUUCCCUGACUACUGCACCCCCGAGGUCAGCGAGAUGAUCUCGGGAGACUGGCUGGAGUCCACCAUCUCCAACCUGGUCUUCACCUGCUGAGCAGCAGAGAGGAGGAGUAAAAAAGAAAACUCACAGAGAAAACAAGGGAAAGAUAACCCCUUCCCAGCGCAAAACUAAACCCCCGCGAGUGCGAAAUAAUCUUUAGACAUUCUUUCAGAUUAUUGGGGAUUGAAAUGUGCACUGAAAUGUCCCCUUGCGUUUCGGAAAGAACAGCCUAAUUUGAACUACAUGUGUUUAGGUUAUUCAGGCAUGGUGUGUGUAUAAAAACAUCAUAUGUUCCAUCUUGUGCGUAUUGACAUGGAUCAAAGACACUAAUUGGGACAGUCAUGGGCGCAUUGCUGCCUAGUAUACAGAGCAGAGGGAAAUAAAGUGCUUAGAUUGCAUUUGGAGACAGCAGAGAGAAAGACUUUCUUAAGCCCGCCUCUGUUAGCAGUGACACACAGACGGACCUACUGAACUGAAGCAUUCAACCGGGCCGCGGAAGGACGUUUGCGGGCUGAUGGUGAUUAUGACUGUGUGCAUAAAGGGCCUUUUGGAGAGCUUGACGUUGCCAGGGUUUCGAACGUUUUAUAAGUGACCCACUCCGGUUAUUUACCCGACUGUGUGGAUGGGGUUUAUGGAGUUAAUAUUCAGGUUUGUUUUUCUGAAGCUUAGAAUAAUAAUGAUAACAGCUGGCUCCCUGUGGAGAAUUGUUCAAUUUAGUGAUGAAUCUGAAAUAAUCAUGUUUAUUACAAUGUGAUUACGGCGCUGAGUUUAUGUGUGUGUGUAACCACAGAACACAGUUCCCAAUCGCCAGCUUUCCUUUCAACGGCAGGACUUUUAAUUAACAACUCAAAACUCAGAAUCUUUUGUCUGAAAACUUUUACACUCUCGAUGCACAUUUCAGGACCAAUUACCUUACUGCACAACUCCUAGUGCUUCUGACUUUGUAGUUAUUCUAUAUCAGAGUACGUUUUUUAUAUCGAUGUAUUUAUACCAGCCGAACAUGUUUUUUUAAUACUUUGAAGUAUUGUUAUGGUAUAAUAGGUCUUGCUUGUUUGUAAACCAUGCACCUGUCUGCAUCCGUGUGCAGGAGGGCUAGAAGUGUAUCUUAUUUGAAUGUUGAUAUCUCUCACUUUUUAAAGGAGAACUCAGUGUGUCAUUUUCUAUGCGUGUAUUUUUGUACAAGAUCUAUGGAGGGGAUGCCAGUGGGUUUUUGGUUGUAUUCCCUAUCUUCAAAGCCAGGGGAUCCAUUGUCACACAAUCUGCUCCCUGUUAAUGCUUGAUAGUGUCACGCCACAUGCUUCUUAAAGGCACAGUGUCUAUAUUUCACCAGCCGAGUAAACAAACUGACACGCUACUAUACUGGAGUGUCAUCUGCACCCAGUGACUGUGUUUCACCAGUGGAUUCGCAUAACCUGGACCCAAUCUCUUUGUGCCAUCGUGUUAAGACCUUGCAAAGGAGUGGCAUGAUGGCACACACAGACUGGUACCCAGGCUAUAUCAGAAUUGUUAAAGAGAAAGAGAGAUGCUGUUGGAUUGAGAGAAAAACGUCUGAAUGAUUUUUAUGGUGAUAAAGUUUGAUUUGAAACCACUGGAUGGAAUGUGACACUCACUCAUUCUAAAUGCCUAUUUGAGUCAAAGGGAGGUGGAGGGAGUGCUUCGAUUGUCUAUCAUUGUGCAAUUGCAUAAUACGAGUAUUUAAUCGUUUUUUCUACCUGUUGGCUUACUUACUAGCAAAUUGUUUUCCUUAUAUUAUGGCAUGGCAAAUUAGCGUUUUUUCUAUUUCAGAUUCAGGUAUAUGUAUAGCUGUUGUGUUUAAGAUUUUAAAAAAAUAAUAAUAUGAAUUGAAGAUAUUUAUGUUUAUUGACUGUAUUAUAAGGCGGAUAAGAUUGUGUUUAUGUGUAAUGAUCAACGACAGGCACUAAAAUUGCCAUCUUUCGACAUUCUGAUGUUGAAGAUGAUUGGUCCAGGAUUUUCCAUCUUUAUACCAUAUAUUUCUUUCUUUUUUUUCAUUUGUGCAAUAUGCUUUGUGUAUGAUCAUGUUUCCUCCAAUCAUACCAUAACUCAUUUGAAUAUAGAACUCAACGCCAGCCAAUUGGGUCAAUGACUGCCACAGACCUCUGUACAGAAAACGUUUAUUUGUUUGUUUUGUUUGUUUGUUUUGUUUUGUUUUUUUCAAGAAGGAAAUAAAAUCAGCUGGAACUGAA